AUCCUCACAGCAGAGUGUGCCUUACCUCAGAUGAUCAAGAUGAUCCCCUUAGCUCUUACAUUAAUGCUAAUUACAUCAGGGGCUAUAGAGGAGAAGAAAAGGUGUACAUUGCUACUCAGGGACCCAUAGUUAAUACUGUCAGUGAUUUCUGGAGAAUGGUAUGGCAGGAGCAUUCUCCAAUCAUUGUCAUGAUUACCAAUAUAGAAGAGAUGAAUGAGAAAUGUACAGAAUACUGGCCAGAAGAACAGAUUACCUAUGAAGGAAUUGAAAUUACAGUUAACAGAGUCAUACAAGCAGAUGAUUACCGGUUAAGGCUUAUUACCCUAAAGAAUGGUGAAGAAAUAAGAAACCUGAAGCACUACUGGUAUACAUCUUGGCCAGACCAGAAAACCCCUGAUCAAGCACCGCCCCUGCUACAACUGGUUCAAGAAGUAGAAGAAGCCAUGCAUUGUGCAGAAGACAAGAAUGCUCCAAUCAUUGUCCAUUGCAGUGCAGGGAUUGGGAGAACAGGCUGCUUUAUUGCUACCAGCAUUUGCUGCAAACAGUGGAAAAAUGAAGGUGUGGUUGAUAUACUUAGAACAACAUGCCAACUACGACUAGACAGGGGAGGAAUGAUCCAGACUUGUGAACAGUAUCAGUUUGUCCACCAUGUCAUGAGUUUGUAUGAAAAACAAAUCACUAGAGCAGCAGCAGAAGAAUGAGGAUUCAGGAUCAUUCAUUAUGACAAAGACCAACAGAACUCUGAUCAGAAUCACAUGUAUUCCAGAGCUGAGAAGAUUAGGAAUUUCAGAGUAGAAGAUAUUUAUUUAUACAUAUAAAAAUAUAUAUAGUUUUACUUUCAUAUUGCUUUAUUUUGCAUUCAAAAACUAAGAUACUGCUUUUCUUCAAUAUGUGACAGGGUGUUAUCUUCACUUUAAAAAUAAAAAAGGCCUGUUUAUACUGUAAAUAAAAUCAGUAGCUUCAUUUGUUCCAAAAAUUUAAAACAUCAUUGUCAGUUUUGCUACUUAAAAAGAAAAAAACCUUGCUACUAGAUCCAAAUACAAUGUGAAACUCUUUGAUAGAUGUCUUGCUGAAGUCUGUAAUGUAUGUUUACUAAGCUUGAAAACUAACUUUUCUGCCUUUUUUCUGAAUGAUUGUUUUUACAUUUUAAACUACCGGAUACUGUGUAUAUCAUAAAAUCUUCUGGGCCUCUGCAUUAAAGGAUUCAAGUGAAUUCAUACUGAAAAACAUGUUUUGUGCCUUGUGCAUUUCCUUGUUGAAAAUAUUCAGUCCUACAAAGUGUAGUGACUGUAGUGUCGGUGUAAAACAAAAACACAAAGUGAAGAUAGCCAUCUUGGCUAGAAAGAAA